GCAGGUUUAUUUUUUCUCUACAACGCGUUAUUAUUUAGAACGAAUAUUUUAUCUUUGUCUCGUUAGAUUGCAUGUAUAGGAGGAUUAUGUGUGUGUACAUGGGAUUACGCGCUAGGGCAGUGAAAAUUACUUUAGGCUCUACCUUCUGCCGUGAGUUUUGACAUUGUAAACCCGUGCUUUCACGUCACAACAAUAUUCUACAUCAAUCGUUCUGUUGGAAUUCAGCGUGCAGCCGCGGUUUCACAUCUGCGCCUCUGUCGUUCACUCAGGUGGGAUUGGAUUUGAGCACAAACGCAUACCUCAACAAGAAUGGCUAUCGCAAUCGUCAAGAUCGGAAUUUCAUUGAAAAUGCUACCAAAUAACAGUGCCGUGUUCUUCAAAUCGGACGGUGGGAGAUUUGGCCAAACCAGGACGAUUAAAUUGCUAACGGGGUCAAAGUACAAGAUUGAAGUGGUUGUCAAACCUGGGGCUGCAGAGGCAACCACUAUGAGUGUAGGCGGAGUCAUCUUCCCCUUGGAGCAGAAGUCUAGAGACCCCCAGUCUGUAGUCUACACUGGCGUCUACAACACAGAGGGCAUGACUCACACCAAGAGUGGAGACAGACAAGCUGUACAGAUCAGCUUGCAGUUCACAGAGGUGGGCUCUUUUGAAGUGGUGUGGCAGGUGAAGUACUACAACUACAACAAGAGGGACCACUGCCAGGGAGGCAACAGUUUCAACAGCAUCGAGUACGAGUGCAAGCCCAACGAGACACGCAGCCUGAUGUGGGUCAACAAGGAGCUGUUCGUCUGAUGGACCAACCAACACAGACAGCAUCAGGGUUGUGUUCAUUAGGCACCAAAACGGAAGUUAACGUAGUGAAACUGGGCGGUACUACCUGAAAUUACAAAAGCUGAAGAACAUACGCACAUCCAGGUGCUUUCCGCAGGUGCUGGAGUUAUAGGCAAACUCAUGGAAAACAGAAAGGAAAACGCCUCACCUGAAAUUAGCCAAUGAAAAUACCUGUUACAGUUUUCCGUUGCAAAAUGUUUUGCUACGGUGUGCCCUAAUGAACACGACCCUGAUGCCACUGAAAUGAGAGAUGGAUGACAAUCAGCUGCUGUGUGUUUCAGCUGUAGCCAGCCUGUAAACCCCUCAAAGUGGAUCAUUUGCUGACUACUCGUGAAACUGUUAACCCAAACAUCUUUUCCUCCGAGUCUGUUGUGGCAUAAUGUUCACCCUCAGGUCUAUUCUGUUCCAUGGAGUGUGUGUGUGUGUGUGUGUGUGUGUGUGUGUGUGUGUGUGUGUGUGUGUGUGUGUGUGUGUGUGUGUGUGUGUGUGUGUGUGUGUGUGUGUGUGUGUGUGUGUGUGUGUGUGUGUGUGUGUGUGUGUGUGUGUGUGUGUAUCCAUGAAGGUAGUAUGUUAGUACGCUGUAUGUGCAGAUGUUGCGUGUGUUAUAGUACUGUAAUGAGCAGUCAGUGCUUUUAAAAAUGUAUUUUAAAAUUGUUUUAGCUUUUUAUGUUCAAUUAAAAUGUUGUCCCAUGUGUCAUUUUCCCAUGUGUUGACAGAGGACAAGUAGUAUAGGACAUCUGUAGAAGUGAGUGUUUACAUUUAGAAGAUUUUACUAAAUAUUUUCACUAAUUAAAUCAUUGAAAUUAUCUUAUUUCUCUCUUUAUUUUUGUCAAAAUAAGUGUUAUUAUAUUAGUUGGGAAAACACUAUCAAUACUGAACAACAAUAUAUGUAAAGUGUGAG